AUGGUUUAUCCAAUACUGGAACCUAUACCAAAAAAACACUCAAACGGGCAGAAUGGACUGGACAACCCUGCUAAAAGGCAUGGAAAUGAUAUAGAAUGUGUUAAAUCAGCCAACGAUUCGCUAUUUGAGUCAGAUCAUCCAUAUGAAAAUCUCAAAAUACACAGAAAGAGAUGUUUGGAUGAUACUAAUUCGGUUAAUUCAGAAGAGGACAAUUCAAUACCCUUUAACGAUAAUUAUAUUUCUACUGCUUCAAAUAUUACACACAUGGAAAUUUCGAAUGCAUCAGAUAACUCAGAUGAUAUCCGUACACACAAAACUACACAUUCACAACAAAAUUUGAACAAUGAAAAUCAUAAUAACACAACAUGUGAUGAGAUACUAACGAAUGAUACAUGUGUAGAUGCAUCAAGCGUUAGUAUAGAAACUAACUUGAAGGCGAAGUCUACUCUCAAUUCAUCUAAAUCUGUAGAGCCAAAAGUUGAAGUAAAGCGGGAAAUAAAAAAUGAAAAGACAGAUAGUGCUAAAGAAUCAGUACCCAAACGCAUUAAGACUGAGAAAAAAACGGAUAGGAACAUUGAAGACAUAAUAGAACCCAUAAAUCGUUGGUGGGAGGGAAUGGAUUCGGACUAUAAAUAUAACCAGAUUGAAAAACCAACAGAAUAUUGGACAUAUAUGGAACAUAACGGGAUGAUUUUUACACCUGAGUACGUCCCACAUUCCGUUCCGAUCACAUUCAAGGGAGAAGAAAUGGUUCUACCCCCUGAGAUUGAAGAGAUUGCUACAAUGUGGGCUCAAUCCAUAGGAACCAAUUAUGAAACAAGCGAAAUUUAUUGCAAGAAUUUCUGGAACGUAUUCACUAGCAAGUUUGAAAAAUCCCAUCCUAUACGUAAGAGCAGCUCAAAACUUAAGGAUUGCGACUUCUCCAAAAUCAAAGAGCACUUGGAAAAUGAAAAACAAAAAAAGAAGGACAAUAAGGAGUUUUAUCAAGCAAAAGCCGCUGAAACAGCCAAACUAGAACAUAAAUUUAAUUACGCACUCGUAGAUUGGAUUAGGGAAAAGGUGAGUUCUAAUAAAUUAGAACCACCGGGCUUAUUUAAAGGAAGGGGAUUACAUCCCAAGCAGGGUUUGUUAAAAUGUCGUAUGUUUCCAUAUGAUGUUAUUCUCAACCUUUCUAAAGAUGCUCCUGUACCAAAAGUUUCAAAUUUUCAAAGGGAUGGGCACUGUUGGAAGGAUAUUUAUCAUGAUAAUUCUGUCACAUGGCUUGCGUACUAUAGAGAUAGUAUUAACGAUCAAUUUAAAUAUAUGUAUCUUGCUGCUCAGUCAAAGUUUAAAGGGCUACAUGAUCUCCUUAAGUAUAACAAGGCAAGGGAUCUGAAGAACUAUAUUGAAAAGAUUCGUGAAGAUUACCAUGCGAAGAUGUUAUCCUUAGAUAUGUUUGAGAGACAGAUCGGUACAGCAACUUAUCUAAUUGAUUUCUUGGCUCUGAGAGUCGGGGGAGAGAAAGAUGCAGAUGAGGCAGACACAGUCGGAUGUUGUAGUCUUCGUGUAGAACAUAUAAAAUUUAACGAUAAAAAACCUAAUGUAAUAACUUUAGACUUUUUGGGAAAAGAUUCCAUACGUUAUUUCAAUACGGUGACGCUAAAUGAUGUAGCUUAUAAUAAUAUGGUCAAGUUCUGCUAUAGAAAAAAACCGAAUGCGGAAAUUUUUAAUCUUAUAAAUACUACAAAACUCAACGACUAUUUAAAGGAGAUGAUGGAUGGCUUAUCUGCAAAAGUUUUCAGAACUUACAAUGCAUCUAUAACGUUGCAAAAUCAAUUUAAGCGCUUAAAGGGAAAAAAGAAGCAAAACACCGAUUCUUCUGGCGAUGUGAGCACGGAUUCAUCUACUAAACCCAUAAGUGUUGAUAUAUGUAAUGUUUCAGAGCUUCUCCAGUUUUAUAAUUUCGCUAAUAGAGAGGUUGCGAUACUUUGCAACCAUCAAAGGAGUAUUCCAAAGCAACAUGAAAAUUCCAUGUCAAAAUUAAAAGUACAAGCGGAUAUGCUCAAAGAGGAUAUUGAAGAACUCAACCAGUACAUUAAACACCUGGAAUCUGGGUCCAAAACAGAGUUUCAGUUUGAAUCAAAGACACUAGAUGUAAAUGGCAAUCCAAGAAAACGUAUAACAAAGUCGGGUAUGAAGCUUGAAGCCUGUAAAAACCGACUUCAAACCGUAAAGAAACGCCAAAAGGAUCACUCGAUAAAAAUGAGAAUAAAGGAUAGCAAUAAAACUGUAGCCCUGGGAACUUCCAAAAUAAAUUAUAUGGAUCCACGAAUAACCGUCGCAUUUUGCAAAAAGUACGAAAUACCUAUAGAGAAAGUAUUCAAUAAGAGUUUACGGAUGAAAUUCCCUUGGGCAAUGUUUGUUAAGUCAGAUUUUCUGUUCUAA